GGCAGCGGCGGGCCCAUGCAGGACGCGGAGAACGUGGCGGCGCCCGAGGCGGCCGAGCCCGGGGAGCAGCAGCAGCCAGCCGCAGAGCCGCCGCCGGGGGAGGAGCCGCCGCGGCCCGCGGGGUCUGGCGCGCAGGAGGCGGCGGGCGGCGAGGACGCGGAGGCCGGGUCGGAGCCCGACGUGCUGGCCAAGCCGGCCGAGCCUGUGGCCGACGGGGAGGAGAGGGCCGCCUCGGCCCCCGGCUCGUCCCCGCCGCCGCCGCCUGAAGAGCCCCCCGCCCUGGCCGCGGGUGAGGCCCCGGCGGAGCAGGCCGGGGACGCGGCGGCCGAGGCCCAGUCCGAGGGGGCGGGCGGGGAAGACGGCGGCGCCGCCGACGAGCCCUCCUUCAGCGACCCCGAGGACUUCGUAGACGACGUGAGCGAGGAAGAGCUGCUGGGGGACAUUCUCAAGGACCGGCCCCAGGAGGCCGAUGGGAUCGACUCGGUGAUCGUGGUGGACAACGUCCCUCAGGUGGGGCCCGACCGCCUGGAGAAGCUCAAAAACGUCAUCCAUAAGAUCUUCUCCAAGUUUGGGAAAAUCACAAAUGAUUUUUACCCGGAGGAGGAUGGGAAGACAAAAGGGUACACCUUCCUGGAAUAUGCGUCUCCUGCCCAUGCCUUGGAUGCUGUGAAGAAUGCUGAUGGCUACAAGCUGGACAAGCAGCACACGUUCAGGGUCAACCUCUUCACGGACUUUGACAAGUAUAUGACCAUCAGUGAUGAGUGGGAUAUUCCAGAGAAACAGCCCUUCAAAGACCUGGGAAAUUUACGGUACUGGCUUGAAGAGGCAGAAUGCAGAGAUCAGUACAGUGUCAUUUUUGAGAGUGGAGACCGUACUUCCAUAUUCUGGAACGACGUGAAGGAUCCUGUCUCCAUCGAAGAAAGAGCGAGGUGGACGGAGACGUACGUGCGAUGGUCCCCCAAGGGCACCUACCUGGCCACGUUCCAUCAGCGAGGCAUCGCUCUCUGGGGCGGAGAGAAGUUCAAGCAAAUCCAGAGAUUCAGCCACCAGGGGGUUCAGCUCAUUGACUUCUCGCCUUGUGAGAGGUAUCUAGUGACAUUCAGCCCCCUGAUGGACACUCCGGAUGACCCUCAAGCCAUCAUCAUCUGGGACAUCCUGACUGGACAGAAGAAGAGGGGUUUCCACUGCGAGAGUUCAGCCCACUGGCCGAUCUUUAAGUGGAGCCACGAUGGUAAAUUCUUCGCCAGAAUGACCCUCGACACUCUUAGCAUUUAUGAAACUCCUUCUAUGGGCCUGUUGGACAAGAAGAGCUUGAAGAUCUCCGGCAUAAAGGACUUUUCGUGGUCUCCUGGGGGUAACAUCAUAGCCUUUUGGGUGCCUGAGGACAAAGAUAUCCCGGCCAGGGUCACCCUGAUGCAGCUGCCCACCAGACAAGAGAUCAGGGUUCGGAAUUUGUUCAACGUGGUGGACUGCAAGCUGCAUUGGCAGAAAAACGGGGAUUAUUUGUGUGUCAAAGUGGAUAGGACCCCCAAAGGGACCCAGGGUGUUGUCACAAAUUUUGAAAUUUUCCGAAUGAGGGAAAAACAGGUGCCUGUCGACGUGGUGGAAAUGAAAGAAACCAUCAUAGCCUUUGCCUGGGAGCCAAACGGGAGUAAGUUUGCCGUGCUGCACGGGGAAGCUCCGCGGAUAUCCGUUUCCUUCUACCACGUGAAGAACAACGGGAAGAUUGAGCUCAUCAAAAUGUUUGACAAGCAGCAGGCAAAUACCAUCUUCUGGAGCCCCCAGGGACAGUUCGUGGUGUUGGCUGGCCUGAGGAGCAUGAAUGGUGCUUUGGCUUUCGUUGACACGUCGGACUGUACAGUCAUGAACAUCGCAGAGCACUACAUGGCCUCCGACGUGGAGUGGGACCCCACUGGGCGCUACGUUGUCACUUCUGUGUCCUGGUGGAGCCAUAAGGUGGACAACGCUUACUGGCUGUGGACGUUCCAAGGACGCCUUCUGCAGAAGAACAACAAGGACCGCUUUUGCCAGCUGCUGUGGAGACCGCGGCCCCCCACGCUCCUGAGCCAGGAUCAGAUAAAGCAAAUUAAAAAGGAUCUGAAGAAAUACUCAAAGAUCUUUGAACAGAAGGAUCGUCUGAGCCAGUCCAAAGCCUCAAAGGAACUGGUGGAGAGAAGACGCACCAUGAUGGAAGACUUCCGAAAGUACCGGAAAAUGGCCCAAGAACUUUAUAUGGAGCAGAAGAGUGAACGUCUGGAAUUGCGAGGAGGUGUGGACACGGACGAGCUGGACAGCAAUGUGGAGGACUGGGAGGAGGAGACCAUCGAGUUCUUUGUUACUGAGGAGAUCAUUCCCUUGGGAAAUCAGGAGUGACCCGAGCACUGUGCAUCCCCGCGUCGUGUGCUGGAACCAGGUCGUCCUUCUGCAGGAAGCCUGCACGAUGCCUGAAUUCUUACCUGUGCUUUCUCUUGCUGUAGACUGUGUGCCCGGAUGACCCCAUCUCCACACAUUACUGUGCCUUUAGCCCCUGGUCUCCAUCACCGGGGAGGAUCGAAGGCACUGCUUUAAAUUUUUUCUUGUUUGGGAUUUUUAGAAUCACACCACCAGUGUUUGUUCCUCACACUUGUGCGCCGCUGCGGGGGCCCUUCCCGUCCUCCUGAGGUGCACAGCCAAGUGACCUCCCCUCGAGGACUUUUCCUGUCCUGCGCGCAGGCCGGCGUGGCUGUGUCCCAGCUGCGUCCCAGGUGCCGCAGGGAAGCUGCGUCCUGCAGGCGCCGUUCAGGUUGUGCCGGCUUCUCAACGGGCUGAGCGUGGAAAUAAAAGCAAACCUGUACGAAAACGCUGUCUUUCUCCUGUUUUUACACGUAGAUAGCGGCCUUGAAUCUGGUGCCUGUCCCCCUGCCCCGGGCCAUGGCAGCAGUCUGGGCUCAGCAUGCCCACUGCUGCUGGCCCCCAAGGCUGACUUGGCGAGGAGGGAGGCCUUCAUCCUCCUGUGGCUGUGUGUUUCCAGCUGAGCUCUGUAAAGUACAGUAGCGGCCCCGUCCCUGCAGAAAACGGGCUUGUCAGCUGUUGUUUUCUAUGCUCAUUUCACCUGGUGAGAAAAACCCCUCUAGACUUUUUCUUGGAGUCGUGCACGUCUGAAGUUGUCUGUGAGAGUUGUCACUUCAGCCACUGUUGUGUGGUGCUCUGAAUAUCUAACUUCACAUUCCUCCUGGCACAGGGGCAGAUGAGGACGUGUAACCUUGGCCCUUGUUAAUUUGCAACAUCUGCUAUGGUCAGUGCCUUUCGGCUGCCGUGGUUGCACUUCUUUCUGUCUGUUCGGGAGUCCGAUGCUUGACAUGGGCAACAGUGAAGCAUGGAAUGGGCACGCCACAGACGCCCAGCCGGGGCUCACAUGGACCUGAAAGGUUCUGGGAUUGGAGGCUAAGCUGUCGUCUGCAGGGCCCGGGCAGUCCCUGACCCAUGGGGGCUGCGCUGGAGGAGCAGGUGGGCGGCCUGCCACGACCCCAGGCCCGGCUGCGAGGCACAGUUGGUGUUCCAUUCCCAGUUCCAGCCGUUGCCAUCCUGGCUCCCCGUCAACGUGCGGGUGCCCUGUGUUCACGCUCACAUCUUUUAAACCUCAGCCUGCUGAGUCCUGGGUUUUACAUUUGAUGGUGGUAAGAAAGAAAAGGUCCAGGCUUUGGUCGUUUUCCCAGAUUUUUUAACAGAGCUUUCAAAAAAUUUACUUUUGAUUGUUUUAAACUUGUUAGUUGUGAUUGUUUUACAUAAUUUGUUAAUAAAAGAAUUUCCGAAA